AGGCCGAGGAUCACCAUGAGGCAAGCCACAAAGUUCAUAUUCGCACUGUUGAUCGCCCUGGAGUGCUUGACCCUUGGCGACCCGGCGCCCAUCGGCGAGCAUCCGGAUCAUGCCGGCUGCAUACGGAUAACCAUCAUCAAGCGGCCUUUGGCCACCACCACGACGACGACAACCACUACCACCACAACAACCACUACGACCAGGGCAACCACAGUGGCCACUGGCUAA